AUGCCUCCCGUAGCAGUAAGCGACAUGGACCUCCCCGCUGAGCCCGUCCACCCUCUCCCCGAAGCCAAAGACCCUCUCGCUUCCUCCGUUACAACACCCCAAUUAUUUUCCCUUGCCAACAAGACCAUUGCAAUCACCGGCGGCGGCCGCGGCCUUGGUAUCACCUUUGCCCUCGCCAUCCUCGAAGCCGGAGGCCACGCCGCCUGCCUCGACAUCCUCCCUGAGCCCUCACCCGUCGAGUGGGCUCACCUCAACAAGCUCGCCAAGGCUAACAGCCUAUCCGUCACAUACCACAAGUGCGACAUUACCGACGAGGUCGCUACCCAGCAGGUGUUUGAAGAGAUCGCCGACGACGCCGACAAGCGCGGUGCUCCCUUCUGGGGCGCUGUCGCCUGCGCCGGCAUCCAGCAGAAGAUUCCUGCGCUCGAUUACCCCGUCGCCGACUUUGAGCGGAUACAAAAGGUCAACGUCGUCGGCGUCUUCGUGACAGCCAAGCACGCCGCCCGCAUUCUUGUCAACCGCAAGAGCAAGGGCAGCAUCCUGCUCAUCUCGAGCAUGUCCGGAGAGAUCGCCAAUCGGGGAUUGACGUGCAGCGCCUACAACACGAGCAAAGCAGCUGUCCAGCAGAUGUGCCGAUCUGUCGCCCAGGAAUGGGGUCAAUACGGCAUCCGUGUCAACACCCUGUCCCCUGGUUACAUCCGGACCGCCAUGACCGACCAACUCCUGCAAGCCGAGCCCGAUGUUGAGAAGACGUGGAUGAGAGGUGCCUUGCUGCAGCGGUUGGGUACACCCGAGGAUUUCAAGGCACCGGCCGUUUUCCUCCUGUCCGAAGGAAGCUCCUUCAUGACCGGUGCCGACCUCCGUGUUGACGGUGGACACUGCGCUUCCGCUUAA